CAGCUUUUCUCUCCCGUUUGCAGGUACAGUUACUGCUUGCCGAACCCACGUUUGACUGGAAUGACAUUUACUUUGAGUCAUAAAUGGAGGAAGUGGAACAAGGAAGGAUGCAUGCCCCAGGGAGACUCAUUCCCAUGCUCCACCAUGAUGAUUGUGUCCUUUUUUGAACAACACUUCUCUUGAGUGCUGUAUGGUUCUGUAUGUGCCCAAGAGGAAAGGAAAGGGUCAGUUUGAUUUUGGGACAGCCUGAGUUCGGCCCCCUGUUAUGAGAGGAAGGUUUGUUCCCCGUUGUUCGUGAAGACGCAGGGAAUGUGCUAUGACAUCUGUGGUGGACUGUGGAAGCCGGGUGUUUGACUUUGCCAGUAAUGGAAUGGAGAACCGUCAGCAGCAGGAUGUAGAAAUGGGUCCAGCAUACCCUGCAGUGAUUGUAGAGCCAGUUCUCAGUGCCAGGCUUGACCAGGGCUACGCUGCGCAGAUACUAGUUUACGACGAUGAGACUUACUUGAUGCAAGAUGUGGCUGAGGAACAGGAGAUUGAGACGGACUCUGCAGAAAUGGAAAAAACUACAUUGAAGACUCAAACUCGCGAUCGAGUAACUGCCGGGAUCGAGGCGCAAACUCGCGACCUUGCGGAUACGAGCCGAGCACUCUACCACUGCGCCAGUCGUUAAAAUCUACGCUAAAAAUCUUCCAUUCCGAAAGCCGAAAAAUUCUGAAUUACGAAAAGUGUCUGGUCCCAAGGCUUUCGGAUAAAAGGUUGUGCACCUAUACUACAAUAUACUUUACAGAGUGAAUUAUCGGAUCAGCAUUAUAAUCAUUGUUUCACAGCUUGGAAAUAUUGAGCUGUAACUGACAUAGCUUUAUGAACACUGAUGCUAUUAUUAAGAAAGCACAUCAGCGCCUCUACUUCCUGAGAAGAUUACGGAGAGUCGUUUUGCCAAGGAAGACUCUCUCUAACUUCUGCAGGUGCACAGUAGAGAGCAUGCUGACCGGUUGCAUCGUGGCUUGGUUCGGCAACUUGAGCGCCCUGGAGAGGAAAAGACUACAAAAAGUAGUAAACACUGCCCAGUCCAUCAUCGGCUCUGACCUCCCUUCCAUCGAGGGGAUCUACCGCAGUCGCUGCCUCUAAAAGGCUGGCAGCAUCAUUAAGGACCCACACCAUCCUGGCCACACACUCAUCACCCCGCCACCUUCAGGUAGAAGGUACAGGAGCCUGAAGACUGCAACGACCAGGUUCAGGAUUAGCUACCUCCCCACAGCCAUCAGGUUAUUAAACUUGGCUCGGACAAAACUCUGAACAUUAACAACCCAUUAUCUGUUAUUUGCACUUUAUCAGUUUAUUUAUUCAUGUGUGUAUAUAUUUAUACAAUGGUAUAUGGACACACUGGUCUGUUCUGUAGUCAUGCCUACUAUGUUCUCUUGUGCUGAAGCAAAGCAAGAAUUUCAUUGUCCUAUCAGGGACACAUGACAAUAAACUCUCUUGAAUCUUGAAUGAACAUCACUGAUGCACAAAUUCCCAAUGUAUAACUGUAGUGACAUGUUGAUUGUAAACUGUCCAGACACCAAACAAAAAGGGAUAUUUGUCAAUGUGCAUAAGCUGCCUGUUGUUCCCUUUCUGUGCAUUAUUAACCCUUUUCAUCAAUUUACCUCUAGUGAAAUAUUCCAUUUGUUCUCGUAUUAUUUACCAUAAUAACGGCAAAGCUUGAUUAACCAUCCUGGCACUUUUUUUCUUGUUUAUAUUUGUUUCCAGAUAUAACUAUACAUUCAUUGGUACAAUUGCAAAUACAUCCUCCUUUUUCUAUGUAGUUUGGUAUUAUUGCAUUGAAAUAUUAAAAAUAUUAAUUGCAAGUUAAUCGUAUUUUUAAACAAUAGUGGAAUCCCAAUAUUUUUGGAUGGUCCAUUGGAAAAAUGUUUGCCUUUAUAAUCUCUUUUAACGCAGCAUAAAAAUCAUCCUAUGAUAUAAAUCCCUUAGUAUUACAGCACUUUGAUCAUUGGAUUCUUCAAAUAAUUCAUAUCUUCCAGUCUAUCUUGUUGUGGCCUGUACACUUUUUUGUCUGCAUUUCUUUUGUUGCUGUAACACUAUAUUUUGUUCUGUUUAUUUUUUCUUUUGCACUAUUUGAUGUAUUCAUGUUUGGUAUGAUUUACCUGGAUGGCAUGCAAAAUAAAAAUGUUCACUGUGUCUCGGUACACAUGACAAUAAUCAAUGACAAUACUCACCUCUCGUGUGACCCCAGUUUUCUUUGUCUCACUAUUGGUAACUGUGUGGUCCUUCAGCAAAUAGCUUGAUUACAUUCACUUGUUAAGCUUACACCAUAAGGAUAGAUUUUGGAGACACAAGGAACUGCAGAUGCCGGAAUCUUGUAUAGAACACGAAGUGCUGGAGGAUCUCAGUUGGCUAGGCAGCAUAUUUGGAGAUCAUGAAUUGCCGAUGUUUUGGGUGGGGACCCUUCAGACUGGAUAGACUUUGUUUGGAUGAGAGACUUAAGUGCCUGAUGCUGGUCAAAAUUCUUGCCAAAUUCAUAACUCCAGGAUGUCAGGUGAAGAUAGAUACAAAAUGCUGAAGAAACACAGCAGGUCAAGCAGCAUCGCUGGAGAAAAGGAAUAGAUGACGUUUUGGGUCAUGACUCUUCUUCAGUCCCUCGACCCGAAACGUCACCUAUUCUUUUCUUCAGAGAUGCUGCCUGUCCUGCCGUGUUACUCCAGGUGAACCAUGCUAGACCACAUCACCAGAGGUUUAAUGUUGUUUGUAACUGAACCUGAAGCACUUAACAGUGGAAGUUCUAGCUCAAUCUUGGGGCUUUAUUUUAGAGUAUAAGGGAGGCAGGAAUGUGCUGUCUCACAAGUCAGUGAAUAUGCUUGCCAUAGCCAGUAAGAAAAAUUGAAUCUGGCAACCAAGAAAGAUUCUGCCUGAAAUCCUUAUUUUAGUGAUACGGCAUAGAAACGGGCCCUUCGGCCCACUGAGUCCACGCCAACCAUCGAUCACCCGUUCACACUAGUUCUAUGCUAUCCUACUUUCCCAUCUACCUUCUGCACACCAGGGGCAAUUUUUAUUGGCCAGUUAACCUACAAAACCACACGUCUUUGGGAUGUAGGAGGAAACCGAAGCACCCGGAGAAAACCCAGGCGGUCACAAGGAGAAUGUGAAAAACUCCACACAGACAGCACUUGGGAUCAGGAUGGAAGUCGGGUCUCUGGUGAUGUGAGGGUAGUGCAGCUUCACCAGCUGCACCACUGUUGGUAGAUGUCGUCCCCUCUGCCAGUGUGCUAGCUGCUGUGCUAGCCAGUUUUGCCUCAAUGUUGAAUCGGGGAGUGGAGCUCAGUUGCAUAGCUGUGCAGUGUAAGGUGACUGCUUUUCUCCUGCUUCAUGGCGUCACGGCUUGGGUUCUGCAUGAGGUAGAGAACAGAGCUCCAGCUACCUGUUUCGUAAGAGCCUCGUACAGCACCAUAGGAGUUCAGUGCAUCUGAGCAAGCCGACUGUUUCAUUCAGUUGUCAAAUUGCCUUUUCAAGGAUGCUGGGUUUUACAAAUGCCAUCAGCAUUAAGUAGGUUGGGUAAAAACCCAAUGUCAACCCAAUAACUUGAGUACAUUUUACUGUAGGGUAUGAGCAACACAUUGGAUGACUUAAAGUGCACUGAAUUUGAUUAAUAAUUAAUCAAAAGUGUUUAUUGUUAUAUGUCCCAGAUAGAACAAUGAAAUUCUUACUUGCUGCAGCACAACAGAACAUGCAAACAUAGUA